AUGGUGAAUAAUCUGUACAAUAGAUGUAAAGUGGAUAAAUGCUAUGUAUCAUAUUCAUCUGAAGCAAGUAGCAGUAUCGAAUCAAGGGAUGUUAAAGACGGCGUUAAAACAUUAGCUAAAUUAAAAAAUGUUCAUGGCAAUACCCAGGAUUUGAUCAAUGUUGUAUCCUCCACUAGUCAAAGGAUACGUUUAGUUAUUAUCGAUUAUAGCGGUUUAUGCACAAAUCAUACCAAUAUCUUCCAAUUUGUCAGGGAUAACAAAUCAAUUGAAAAAAUAAUAGUGGAUUGCUUCCCUUUUGUUUGUGACGUUGUUGUAUAUAGCCGUAGACAAAUUCUCGAUGACAAUUAA